AUGCCAAAUAAAAAUUUGGCACCAUUAUUGCAUCGUAGGGUAACGACUCAUCAAAAUCAUCAUCAUAAUGGUUAUUGUAUGAGGUCAUCAAAAAAUGAAUACGGACAAACGAUUAAACGCUGUCGAUUUGGAUUUCCUAGACCUGUUACCGAGACAUUUGUCUUACGUGAUCCAGCAAUCGCAAUCGCAAAUCACAGACAUUCACGGUCUAAGAAUAAACUAUAUGAUCUCCCUAAAACCGAAGAUGAAGGGAAUAUUAAUGAUUAUAAUCCUGUUAUUCUUACAGUUUGGGAAGGGAAUGUGGAUAUUCAAUAUGUAGGUGAAACUUCCUCAGCCCUAACAGGGUAUGUUACAAAAUAUAUAACGAAACAUGAGCGAUCAAAAACUCAAGCGAUGGUCAAUGAUAUUGACUCCACAGCAUCAUUGCUCACCAGAUUAUGGAAUUUCGCUUUUCAAAGUUUAAAUAAUAGAGAAAUUGGAGCUCUUGAAGCAGCAGAUACAUUAUUAGGAACUUUUUUGAGUGGAACUGAUAGUAAUACAAAAAUAAAAUGGUUGAAUGUGAGACAAAUUAGAGGGCGUAAAGUAAAACCGUUUGAGGAAAUUAAAACAUUGGAUGAAGAUUCAACCGAUAUUUUUGCCCCGUCUUUAAUUGAUGACCAUUAUCCUUCACGUCCUGUUGUUUUGGAAAAUCUUUGUCUAUAUGAGUUUUGCAAAGAGUGGGACGUUGUUAGAUCUGAGCCUGUGUCUGAUAAAGUCGAAAACACUGAUGAAUUGAAAGAUGGUUUUGAGACAUUCGCUGAUUCAUUUAAUGCUAAAAAAGAUGAACUUCAAGAAGCGUGUAAUUAUUACAAGCGUCUAGAUGAUUUUCAAGAAGGAUUAGAUCAUAUGCAAAAACUAAUUGAAGAAAAAGAAAAUGAAAUUAUCGGAAAUAAACCUGAGGAUCAACUAGAAGAUCCAAUAAAUGAUGGUAUUACGGAAAAAGCUGCUGGUGAAGCGAUGAAAGAUUUUAAAGAUAUUGGUAAUGCAGAUGCAGAAGAAGAAGUUGAUUUAGAUGAACUGAUCAGCGAGUUGAAUGCUGAUCAGCUAAGAGUCUUCCAGAAAGUGACUGAUGUUUUUACGGAUGAUAAAGAUGAACCUUUAAAAAUUUAUAUUAGUGGAGAAGGUGGAACAGGUAAAAGCUUUCUAAUCUACGUUAUUAAAACUUGGAUUCGAAAAACAUUAAAUCGUCAAAUUGCAAUUGCCGCUCCUACAGGCCUUGCUGCAUUUGGUAUUAACGGUAUGACGCUGCAUAGAAUUUUUUCACUGCCGGUUCAGCAUGGAGGUACACCAAAGUACAUGGCUUUAUCUGACGGUGCUCUUAAGGUAUUACGUGAACAGUUAAGAGACAUUGCACUAGUGAUUGUUGACGAAAUUUCAAUGGUUUCUAAUGUUACGUUAAUGUAUGUAUAUCGCAGAUUGAAUGAAAUUUUUAAUACUUCUGAUGAAUUAAAUGAAUGGUUCGGUAAAAAACAUAUCCUAUUUUUUGGAGAUCUAAUGCAACUUAUGCCAGUUGCUCAAGACGCAGUUUACAUGGAUUUAUCAUCCGAUGAUACGAAAAAAUGUCUUGAAUCUAUGGGACAUUUUAAUAUUUGGAAACAAUUGGUUGAAUAUGAUGAACUUACUAUAAAUAUGCGUCAGCGAAAUGAUGAUGCCUAUGGGAAACUUUUGUCUCGAUUGAGAGUUGGAUCUAUGACGAAAAAAGAUGUUCAGCUGUUAAGCACUCGGAAUAUAAAUUUAGAUAUAUUCCCUGUUGGUGACAGACUCGAUGAACUGUGUAAUUAUAUACAAAAAUUGCCUUCAUCUGCUGUAUGCUUGUUACCAACUAAUGAAAUGUGUGAUGCAAUAAAUUCUGCUAUGUUAGACAAAAUAAAAACACAAAAAGUAUAUAAUCUCUGUGCAAAUGAUACCAUCGAUUGUAAGCCUAUUUAUCGAAAAAAUGCAGAAAAAGCUAACAAUGAAUAUGAUGCUAGUCGAUCAGCUGGUUUAGCAAAAAAUAUAACAAAUAAAAUCGGUGCAAAAAUCAUGAUUAGGCGAAAUAUUGACUACACAUUAGGCAUGGUCAAUGGUGCACUUGGUACAGUUGUAUCUGUUUCAAAGAGUAUGGAUGGUAAAAACUUGCAAUCAAUUGUCGUUAAAUUAACUAAAGGAGGCCAUGAUUGUAUAGUUGAAAGAAUAGAUGUGAAAUUCCAGUUGUCUGAUGGAGUGUUCGUAAUACGUUCACAAUUUCCUAUUUGUGUUAGUUACGCAAUGACAAUACAUAAAUCUCAGGGAGUUAGUUUAGAGUGUGCUAUUGUUGACGUCGGUGAAACGUCUUUUGCCAAAGGUAUGACUUACGUUGCACUUUCGCGAGAUACAACAUUAAAUGGUUUGCAUUUAAUAAAUUUUGACCCAUCAAAAGCAAUAGCAAGUCAGCAAGCAAUCGAAGAAUACAAUCGUUUGCGGAAAAUUUAUAAACUUGAUUUGAAAGAAAUUCCAAUUUCGAAUAGAAGUUUUCCGAAAAAUUUUGAUACCAAGUGGUGUUUCAAAUCAUUUUUGGUUGAUAUAGAAUGUGAAAAAAAAUCCAAAGUUAUCAACACGCUGUCUAAUGUACAUGGAUUAUCUAAUGAUAAUGGUUCAUCGAGCUAUGUAAACUCUGUGAUGCAAUGUAUAUUACACUCAGAAGUUAUAAAUGAGUCAUUAAAAAACAUUAGCAACUCACACCAUUCGGUAGUAGCUAAAUUUUUCAAUGAGUACAUUUCAAAAAUGACUUCUUCAGCAGAUGAAAUUAAAACAUUUGUUGGUGAAGCGUUCAACCAUAAUAACGAAGAUGAUCCUGCUAAAUUUUUAACAGCACUCUGUACAAAAGAUCAUGUUCUUACCAAGCAUUUAGGCCAUGAAGAAAAGUCAACUCUUUGUCAAUGA